CAAACUUCCUUCAACUAUCGAUUGGGGGUCUUGGCUCGAUGCGUCUAACAAUGAUAUUGUGCUAGCUUAAAAGCGAGCCUAGGUUAGCGUCUUCUUGUCCCCCAAAGUUCUCUUCUCUUUUCUAUAGCCUCUCAUCAUGGCAAAUAAUAAUGCUGGCGCCACUGGACCGAAGACACCUCUCCGUAACUCUGCCGUGCCCGCCGAGCUCACGCUCAAGUCCACUCCACACGCAGUUGGCUCCGCUGUUGUCAGGCGAACAUAUCAGCACUCUAGGUGUUGAGUGCGAUUAGCUUUUCCUUUGCUCCUGCCGCAGUUACCCAUAUGAACUUCUUCGCCGCUCGCGCAGAGUCGAUGAUGUCCGCCUAUGGAUCGGGCGAGAUGUCCAGAACUUCAGGAAAUCUGAUGCCGACAAAAUGCUGCAGGAGCUCCUUGAAAUGUGCACAGAUCCUUCCCAGUCCCUUCCUGACAAUGAGAAGUCGACGCUACUUGGAACUUCCCUCAAGGCCGUCCUGCACCUUUGCAAUGGGACAGGCGUAGCACGGGAAAUCGCGAAACACUUGACUAAUUUUUGUGAAUCCGAGAACGAAAAAGCCUCUUAUGCGCCUUUCGUCAGAGCUGCCAACUGUGCCCUCCUUGAACUGAGCAAACUGAAGGUGCCUGGAAUAACUACUUUUAACGCCAAGGAUGACAGCAACAUCCUAUUUCAUACAAACGACCUAAUGCCCAUGUUCCAAAACCACCAGGGCGAACAGUCUAAACGCAAGGCUGACGUGGUUAUCGUCUCUCAAAAAUGUGCUCGAGACAUGUCAAAGAAAACGCCCGCCGAGCCCCCCAACAACAACUUCCGAUGGAUUGAUGUUCGAUCGACGGUGGAGUUCAAACGCACGCGGAAGUGUCUGCCUCUUCCGCCGUCCAAGAAAUACAACACGGAUUACGUUGUUCCUAAGGAUCUUCAUAUGGCGUAUCGCAAGGAAACGGACGACCCUGUCGAGCCAACAGGUUCAACAUCUGCCGCUGUGCCUGCUCGAACCUCCCAUGAGGCAUCGAAUGAGUCAAGACAAACGUCCAAGCGACUCGGAGGCAAAGCAGCUGAGCUAACAGGUUCAAGACCUGCCGUUGGUCCUACUCAGACCGCCCACGGGGCAUCGCAUGAGUUAAGACGAACGUCUGAGCGAAUCAAAGACAAAAAUGAAGCAGACAAGAAGCGUAACUCUGGUCACUUGGACUCCAACGAGCCCCCUGCCAAGCGAUCCAGGAGCAACAACGAGAAGACCGACGAGAAGGAGCCCAAAAAACAUCAUCCUGUCGUCCAGAAUGGUCUGUACGCUGCGGAGAUGUUCGCGGCUCAUAUCGCGCGUCUCCACGUCAUCUCCUCUAUAGUGAUGAACGACGUCAUUUAUAUCUGGUAUUUUGAUCGGCAAGACGUAAUUCAAUGCUCGGGCAUCAACUUCGUUCAGGACCUUCCGCGCUUUAUGGUCUUGCUCCUCAUUAUGCAGCGAAUUAAAUACAAACAAUGGGGCCUUAACACGAAAUUCGAGCCUACGCCUGGAGUUUCGGACAAGAUUGUCAUCCCGGAUGAAAAGAACGGCAUGGAUGUCGACCUGAAAUUGGAUUUAACUUCUGACGAGCGCACGACUCAUUACGGUCUGCGCGGACGUGCAACCACCCUCUUCCCCGUGGAGAGCCAGGCGCUGUCGAGUCUGGAACAGAAGCCUUAUUUUCAUAACAAAUCUACCGGACUGGUCGCCAAGCUGUAUUGGCCAGAAGAGUCGCGUGAAAGCGAGCCUGCCAUACUGAAGAAGGUGUAUGAGAUUGCGAAACAAGAGGCAGAGGUGGUAGGCCAUGUCCCAGAGAUGUUAUGGUCCUACAAGUUCGAAGAAACUUCCACGGCAAAAAUCCGAAAGGCACUGGGACUUGAAGACGCCGAGCGCGGCAGCCGAGUCUUGUACAUCAUCGUAUUUAGAGAGCUUAUCCCGAUCACGACGCUCAGCGGGAUGGAGUUCCUCAGCGCAUGGUGGCAAAUUGCACUCUGCCAUUACGCCCUCUGGAGGAACGGCGUCCGCCACCGCGAUGCUAGCCCAAGCAACUUCAUGGUAUACCAAUUAGGCGAUCUUUGGAUCGGCGUCCUCAACGACUACGACUUGUCAUCGACUCAAGACGAUAGUCCCAGCGGCCUCGAGCGCACAGGAACGGUACCAUUCAUGGCACUGGAGCUUCUCACAAAGAAAGCCAUUGCAGGCCAAGUUGAGCACUUGUAUCAGCAUGAUGCUGAGUCAUUCAUCUGGGUCCUCGCCUGGGUCUGUCUUCGGUACGAAGAAGGCAAGCUCCUCAGCAAGCCCAGACCACUCGAACAGUGGCUGAGAGUGGAUGUCAUUGGAUGCCACAAGGAAAAAACCAGCUUUUUGUCGAAGCUCACUGGUGAUGAUGAUGAUGAUCGUCCAUCGGGAUCGCACCAAGGGAACUGGAAAGUUGUAAUGAAGUGCUUAACGGUGAUCUACUCUCAUUAUGGCCCAGGCAGGUCGAAGAGAAUCAAUGAUGGAGAAGUAUUCCAGCUGUGGCUCAAGGCCCAUGUGCCGGAGCACUUGCACGGAGGUGUUAUUUUACCUGCCAAGUAGGGUAGGUAUACUUACAGUUGAGGCAGCGUGCCUCCGAUCUUAUUUUACUACUUUAUGUUUAAUUCCAACAAGAUGACAGACGGAAAGGUUGCGGGACUCUUCGCUGCUGCCUCAG